CUAAAAAAAAAAGAUAUCUGAAGAGAAACUUCGAAAAUACUAUCACAGGUAUUUUAUAACAGAUUGUACCAGAAGAAUUCUUUUUCUAUAUAGAAAUACUACGAGAAAGAAAAUCUCAAAAUUGUCGAAAACACCAGCAGAGGGUGUCGGUGUAAAAUUUUGAAACAAAUUCUCGAAGAAUUCUCUGCUCGAGGACGAAAUGUCGAAGGCAGAAAGGGCAACGAGGAGUGACAGGCCACCUGUGAAGGAUUCCGUGUUCGAACUGAGAACGAGGAUGGCACGAAUGAUGUCCAUCGUUGAUAUUACGCCGCACAACAGACUUCCGAUGGCGGGCCAGGAUCCGAAAUUUCAGAAGGAGGCCGCGGACCAAAACUUCGACUACAUGUUCAAGUUGCUGAUCAUCGGCAACUCGUCCGUGGGCAAAACCUCUUUCCUGUUCCGCUACGCGGACGAUUCCUUCACCUCGGCCUUCGUAUCGACCGUGGGCAUCGAUUUUAAGGUGAAAACGGUCUUCAGACACGACAAAAGGGUCAAGCUACAGAUCUGGAACUCUGGACGGUUUGCAGAUAUCCUUAUAUACGAGGCCGUGUAUCUGCAGACAAUGUCUGCUAGUCCAUACACGUCUCAAAUGAAGAUUAAUCGUCUGUAA